UCAACCGUGGCAUUUGAUAUAUUGGUGAGGUUUUCGCUCCAUAGUCCACACCUUACUCGCCCCCUCUCUCCCUUUCCCUAUAUUGCUCUCUCUGUAGUAAAUUUCAGUGCUGUGCUGAAGAGAGAGAGAGAAGAGGGAUUGAAAACCGCCUAUUUAUACCUGUUGUUUUCUCUUCAUUCACACACACAUUUGUUUCUCUCUUUCUUCACUCACCAUUUGCAACCAAUGCUUGCUUAACCCACACACCUUUGUACAAUCAUCCUAACCCUAGUCUCUUCUUACAAAAUUCUCAUCUAACUCUUCACAAUUUCACUCUUCUCCCGCUUUGCUCCCCGAUCGGUUUUAUUGCAUUUUGGCAAGAACCGGCCGGUUGAUCUUAGGUGCAGAUCGUUACUAUUCAGUUCAUUUCAGGUCUCUUACUCAGUUAUGGCCAGUGAAACGAAUACAGGUCUUUCAAACGGUAACGGCAAUGCUCAUUCUACUCCACAACGGACUUACCAGGUUGUGGUUGCUGCAACUCGAAAUAUGGGUAUUGGUAAGGAGGGGAAGUUACCUUGGAGACUGCCUUCAGAUCUCAAGUUCUUCAAGGGUAUCACUGGGGUGACGUCAGAUCCUACAAAAAAGAAUGCUGUUGUUAUGGGAAGAAAGACUUGGGAAAGUAUUCCUAUUGAACAUCGCCCUCUUCCUGGCCGCCUCAAUGUCGUUCUCACACGUUCAGGGAGUUUUGAUAUUGCUACAGCAGAAAAUGUUGUCAUCUGUGGAAGUUUAGGCUCUGCUUUGCAACUAUUGGCAGCCUCGCCUUAUUGUCUAUCUAUUGAGAAUGUGUUUGUUAUAGGUGGCGGCGAGAUUUUCAGAGCUUCCCUAAAUGCUCAUGGGUGCGAUGCGAUCCAUAUCACUGAAAUUGAGACUGAUAUUGAAUGCGAUACUUUUACUCCUGCUAUUGACACCUCGGUGUUUCAACCCUGGUACUCAUCAUUUCCAGUGGUUGAGAACAAGAUCCGCUAUUCUUUUACCACUUAUGUUCGUGUGAAGAAUUCCGGAGUAGAAACUGUUAAUCAGGCAAAUAAUGAGAUUCCUGAGAAUGGUUUAGGCUCUUCUAGUAUUGAGGUUAAAUCAUUUUCAUUCUUGCCUAAAAUGAUAUUUGAGAAACAUGAAGAACACAUGUAUCUGAGUUUGGUUGAAGAGAUCAUUUCGAAUGGCAUACUAAAGGAUGACAGGACAGGCACUGGUACUUUGUCGAAGUUUGGUUGCCAGAUGAGAUUCAAUCUACGCAGAUCUUUUCCCCUUCUUACAACAAAGAAAGUCUUCUGGAGAGGUGUCGUUGAAGAACUCUUGUGGUUCAUCAGUGGAUCAACAAGUGCAAAGGUCCUACAAGAGAAGGGCAUUCGUAUUUGGGAUGGCAAUGCAUCCAGAGAUUAUCUGGAUAGUAUUGGCUUGAGGGAUAGGGAGGAGGGUGAUUUGGGACCAGUAUAUGGGUUUCAGUGGAGACAUUUUGGCGCUAGGUACAUUGACAUGCAUACUGACUACAGUGGCCAAGGGUUUGACCAAUUGGCUGAUGUUAUCAACAAAGUUAAAAACAAUCCAGAUGACAGACGUAUCAUUCUUUCAGCGUGGAAUCCUUCUGAUCUUAAACUGAUGGCACUCCCACCUUGUCACAUGUUUGCUCAAUUUUAUGUAGCCAAUGGGGAGCUAUCUUGUCAGAUGUAUCAGCGAUCUGCCGAUAUGGGUUUGGGAGUGCCAUUUAACAUUGCAUCUUAUGCCUUGCUGACAUGCAUGAUAGCUCAUGUUUCUGAUCUUGUUCCUGGUGAUUUUGUUCAUGUCAUAGGAGAUGCUCAUGUUUAUCGCAAUCAUGUCAGACCUUUGCAAGACCAGCUUCAGAAGUUGCCUAGACCUUUCCCAGUGCUGAAGAUCAAUCCGCAGAAAAAGGAUAUAGAUUCCUUUGUUGCUGCUGACUUUAAUCUUAUUGGUUAUGAUCCUCACCAGAAAAUAGAAAUGAAAAUGGCAAUUUGAAGUUCCAUGGAGUUAGUCCUGGAAUUCCUCUGCUCUUGCGAUAUGUUGCUCAUACUUUGAGGUGUCAGAAUGCUUCUUAAUAUCUUGUUAUAUGCUUAGGUAUCUUCUGAAAAUACUGUUCUUGAUAAUGUCCCUUUGCCUACGAUUACAUGCUCUGAUGAUUAAUGACAAUGGUGCUGAAACCAGCUAGGCACAGGAUCUCAUCGAGACCUGAUUAGGGUGGGAUACUGUAUUGUCAAGGCCCAUUGAAAAUAUAUAGAACUGUGCUUUUUAUUUUUAUUUGUGUAAUAUUGGCAUGUGAUGAGCUUAAAUGGAGUGGCAUGGUCAGAGAGGAUUCAUCUAGCCGACCCCAACUUUUUUGGGAUUGCAUAGUAGUAGUUGUUGUUUCUAACCUCUGCAGUUUUCCCUUUCUGAAAAUAUUUUCCAAUAUUGUGGCUUGGACUCUUAUGUACUCUCUUCCACCUUUGGGGUUUCUGGAAUCUAUCCAUCUAUAACUAUGCUUUCAAUUUUUAAUAUUUUAUGGUGUUUAUUUCUUUUUUUCUUAUUGAAGUGGUCGAUGCUUUGUUUUUCUUUCGUAACGGAGAGCUGGUAUUGAUGUUGUUUGUACAAUUUUGCAGGUAGGACAGCUGAGGAUGUCUGAGGAGUUAUUCUAUAGUUGGAAUCUUCAUUAUUAUAGUUGUGGAGAAAA